UCUCUUUUUUUGUCUUUCUUUCUCUCUCAUAACCCACACUAAACCAAAACCUCAAGAGGGAGAGAAAGCAUCCAACAAUAUCGUGGUGGCUAGCUGCUUCAUCUUAGCUCAGCAUACCCAAAAUCCAAAAUCAAUUUCAUAAAGAUUUCAUUCAACCCCAAAGAGGAAGUUUGUGUUUCCCUUUUUGUUGAUAUUAUUAUUAGGGUUGUGUUUGUUUGGAUGAAUCGAAAUUUCGAGGUAGAUCAAUGAAUCGGUGCUUUCCAGAAAGAAUCGGAGACUUUCCGCGUAGAAUCCUCUGACCCAGUUUCAGCUUUCCCGGAAAAUUUCCAGGGAUUAUAAUAUUUUCGCGCCGAAAUUGAGACCACUACGACAACGAAGACGAAGAAGACGACUUUUAGAGCUUGCAUCCGGGUUUUCAGAUCUACCUUCUGUUUGGAACCUGAGUUUAUAUUUUCUCUUUUUCGCCAUUGUUGAUCAGUCGAUCAGAAUCUCGAGAAUGGACUACGAUGAUUUGCGUACCAUAGUAGAUAGCUCUGGCGUGGACGUGUGGACCCUUAUCGACACAGCGAUCGCUGUAGCUUCCAUUGAUUACGGCAGCGAUCUGAAGAAACGCCGAGACGGCAUAGUUGAGCGUCUCUACACGGCGACUGCGACUUUUUCAGCUCCUACUACUAAUACUACUGCUGGGUUCCGAAACAUGGAUGCCACUGAUCGGAGGAGUCUUUCUCCUCCUCGGCAAUAUGACAGGGAAUCCAAACCCUCCGCCGUAAAGGAGAGGGUUUCUCCGGCGACGCCCGAGUCUAUUGGAAGGGUGGAAGAGGAAGAUAACGAUGAUGAGGGAUUAGAUCCCUAUGGAGGUUUGUUCGACGAUGAGCAGAAGAAGAUUAUAGAAAUCAAGGAACUUCUUGAAGAUCCUGACCAGUCGGAAGAUAGCUUGGUUGGAUUGCUUCAAGGUCUUGCCGACAUGGAUAUAACUUUCCAAGCUCUCAGGGAAACUGAUAUUGGGAGACAUGUUAAUCAUUUGAGGAAGCAUUCAUCAAGUGAAGUUCGGAGAUUGGUGAAGCAACUUGUCAGGAAAUGGAAGGAUAUUGUGGAUGAAUGGGUAAAAUUGAAUCAACCUGGAGAACGUGCUUCUGCAAUCAUGGAUGGAGACUCACCGCCACAGAGAAUUCCCCAAAAUGGUCAUCACCAGGUUCCUGAUUUUGCAUACUCUCCUAACCCACACAAUGGAAGUUCUGGAUCAGAGAGGAACAAUUCAGAGCCUGAACGCAAGCCAAAAGCAGUCCCUCCUAGGAGAGAAACUCCAUCAAAACCAAUCACUUCAUCUGCCCUACACUCUGAUUCAGCUCUUCAAAAUAGACAAAAGAGGGAACAAAGAGAAAGGGAACAAAGAGAGAUCAAUUUUGAUGCCGCAAAGCUGGCUUCAGCAAGAAAACGACUCCAAGCGAAUUACAAAGAAGCUGAAAAUGCUAAGAAGCAAAGAACUAUCCAAGUGAUGGACAUCCACGAGCUCCCAAAAGCAAAGCAAAAGAAUGGCUUCUUUGCUAAGAACAAAGGUGGGAGCAGUAGUUCUAUUGGCAGGCACUGGUGAUGCCUGAUAACAAAGGCUCUCUUUUGGGUCAGCGGAGAACAAAAAAAGAGAAAGAAAAAGACUGAAAACUGCUUAUCUUUUUCUAUUACAUUUUUUAUGAGGCAAAAAAAAAAAAAAACUUUUUUUCUUCAAUAGUUUCUUUUUAACUUUAAGAAAAAUAUAAAAAUUUGCCAAUUUUCUCUAGUGAGAAUGCAGCCAAACAUGUACAUACUAGAAGGAGAAGAAGGGCUUUUAAUAUAUAUAUAAUGACGUUUUUAUGUGAAUUUUAGGAGUUAAGUUGGGACUAAAUGAUUUGGAUAAGACAAUGCCUCCGAACUCCGAAGUCAGACGCGGUUUUCUCAUAACGCAAUUUAAGGGUAGGGAUUAAAAUGGGCCCACGGGCUGGCGGGGUGGGUCCCUCUGGGCUUUGCUUGAAGGUCGUAGUCGAUUCAAUAGAUAAUGGGGUCUCGCUGGAGUUUAUGGUGUCUAUUGCACGUAUAUUUAGUAGUUUCUACUUUAUUGUAACUUUAGUGGCACUUGGGUGGAGUUAAGUCAACAAUUUUCAUUAUUCUCUCUUCCUUGUCGAACCAUAAGAUAUUAAGUGGGUCCUACCUCCAUGUUAAAACGAGUAUAUUAUUAUAUUUCAGACGAUCGGAUAAGAUUUUGAAAACAA